AUGAAGCUCGUGAACAAACACAUAGAAAAAGACGGCUCAGGCUACGUCACUCUCAGACCUGAAGAUGAUGAAGAUAUGUGGCACGUUUACAACUUGAUCUCCGAGGCCAGUCCUUUCUCAAAGGGGGACCAAGUUCGCGCUAUGGCAGUCCGCCGAGUCCAAACAGUCUCAUCAACAGGCUCCUCCGACUCCCACCGAGUCCGAACCAAUCUCACUAUCCAAGUGACCAAGACCGACUUUCAGUCCGCCGCCUCCUCUUCCACCUCUGCCACCGGCCAGGGCGAGCGGAAAGAACCAACUGCAAGCUUGCAAAUAUCAGGUCAGGUCGUGCAGGAGAAUGAAUUCGUCAAGAUGGGGGCGUUCCAUACACUGGAUCUGGAGGCGAAUAGGGACUUCCGGUUAUCAAAGGCUAUCGGGUGGGAUUCCAUUGCUCUUGAGCGAAUCCAGGAGAGUACGCAAGAAGGAAGAGGGGCUGAAGUUGGGGCUAUCGUAUGUGGCGAAGGUACCGCAGCUAUCUGUCUCCUCUCGGAGCACAUGACCACCGUUCGUCAACGGAUAGAUAUGCCUGUCCCUCGAAAACGUAAGGGCGGUACAUCUGGCCACGACAAGGCCGUCGACAACUACCAUUCCACCGUCUACAACGCCAUCCUCCGCUUGAUCCCAUUCCAAUCCCUCAAAGCCGUCGUGAUCGCCUCCCCGGGCUUCACAAAGGAUGCGCUGUACGAGUACAUCUUCUCGCAGGCAACAUUGCAGUCCAACAAGGCGCUUUUAGCCUCGCGGUCCAAGUGGAUCAAGGUGCAUUCGAAUACGAGUCAUGUGCAUGGACUUGUGGAGGCAUUGAAGGCGCCGGAGGUGGCCAAGAUGUUGGCUGGGGCCAAAUUUGCUCGAGAAGGCGCUGGUCUGGACAAAUUCCACAAAAUGCUUGCGACGGACGAGCUCCGCGCCUGGUACGGACCCGAACACGUCGCGCUUGCUGUCGACCGAGGCGCCGUCGGCACCCUUCUCAUCUCUGACGACCUCUUCCGCUCUUCCGACCCCGUCAAGCGCAAUCAUUACGUUCAUCUCGUCGAAGCUGUCCGCGCGCAUGGAGGAGAAGCGUUGAUAUUCUCAUCAAUGCAUGAGAGUGGGCAGCAGCUGAAUCUGUUGACGGGGAUAGCUGCGGUUCUGACGUAUCCGCUGGAUAUUGAGGUGGUGGAGAUGGAAGAGAGGGAGGAGAAGGAGAGGGAGGAGAAGGAAAAGCUGGAGCAGAUGGACAAUGAAUAG